AUGGCGAGGGAUCCGAAGGAAGCCAGUAAGCAAAGGAAAUUUCGAUGUCGACCGUUUGUCACAGAAGAUGCAUUUCGAGCUGAAAGCUGUGCUGUCCUGACUUCUUUGACUUCACCGAUAACCAAAAAUGUGAGACCAGCAGUUACCUGGUUGAGCUCAGCUUCAACACUGGUUCAGGUCUUGAGGUUCAAUGCAGAGGAAAUCAGUGCAACUCGUCGGCGAGCUACGUGUUCACACCCAGCAGCCAAGAAGGACAACAACAGCCAGGUAGAAGUGCGCAUUGAGUUACCCCGACAACAGAGGGCAGGUUGGGUGGAGUACAGGUGUGUGCCUCAUGACGUCAGUCAGGUGCAAACUACAGGCUGCCGCGCAAACUUCUCGCAACCACCGGUCACUUCCGAGGUCAGCACCACAGACAAGGUACCCCGGAAAGAAACCAACAUCACCGGAAACAAAGAAACCCACUUUGAUGCACUCGUCCACAUCAUCGUCACCGGCUGCUUCAUAGGUAUCACCACCAUUGCCGUUGUUGUCGUGUUGGCUGUGGGGAUCCGUCUACUGAGAAGGAGAGUGUAUGAUAAGCAACAAUGGGCAAACAAUGUGUUUAGUGGAUUGUCUGCCCCUCGCCCUUCUGGACCCACCCACCAAGAAUCUGGCAACAUAUAUGAUGAGAUACCCAGUCAUCAGUGGCACAAAAAACUAGUCAGUACAGACACGGUUGACCAAAAAACCGCAGACGCAGUAAUUUCUAGGUGCAGCCUGCCUCCUGUCGACCGAGACAACAGAAACAACAAGCAUGAAAUAAUCACGCAGACUCCAGCAGACCUCUCUGAUGCGGCUCCAGAGGACAACCCGCACAUCAUCCUCCAUCGGCAGAAUGCCCUCAAGCCUAGGGACUCUACCAGUCACACUCUCCCGCCCUUUGACCUCCAGACAAAUCUGAAUAGUUUGGCCUCAGACUCAUCAAGCGUCUCCUCGUCUUUGUCGUCGCCUUCCCAGCGUUCGUCAUUGCCGCUUUCGUCAGAGGCGUCCUCGUCCUACCUUCACCCGGUGUCCGAGGUCAGCAUCAUGGUCGACGUCGACCUGGAUGUUCGCGCACGGCAACGGGCGCUGUAUCAAGUCCUGGACUGCGGGUACGUCGACUUCAAAGUCUACGAGGCCCUCCCGAAGCCUUGCAGCCCUCGUCUGCAGCGUGCGGCAAGGAAGAUGGAGACAAACCACAACAGAUGGUCGCAGUGAGCAUCACUCCUGCCACCGAGCUGCAUGCUAUGAUUAGUUGUCUACAGGCACCCCAGGAAAUACACUGUGACAACAAACAUUUCUUGCUGUAUCAUUUGAGAGCUGUCGUCAUCAAAUGUCACCAGUAUUUGUCUAUAUAUGUAUAUAAUGUCUAUAUAUGUAUAUGAUGUCUAUAUAUGUAUAUCAUGUCUAUAUAUGUAUAUGAUGCAGAAAUGAUUGUAUAUUGUGCUGUAAAUAAAUAAAUGGGCCAAAAAUAAAGUUUUGGUGGAGCAGAACAACCAUAUUGUUAAUGUUAUAGAUUGUGAUUUCGGACAAAAUGAGUA